GUCACUUCCGCCUGGGCACUUUUCAUGCAUGUGUAUCGAAAAGACAACAACAAAAAGAAUACAAGCCUGCCAAAAAAUGUUUGCUCGCAAACCGAUGACCCUUAAAAGUCACGUGCUGCUCCUGAGCCUUGUGCUAGGGACUCUGCGGACCUCCUGCAAGGCGCAGUUCCUGGGGGACGAAACCAAACAGGUCUCUGGUACAGCAGGUAAAGGGGGCGGGGCCUUCUACGCCCUGAGAAGCUGCCACCGGCGUCUGGGAGGCGACAGCGGCGACUUCUUCUCGCCCGACUACCUUUGCGCCAACCCACCCCUGUGGUGUAACUGGACCAUCCAAGCCCCCGAUGGCAAGCGGGUCUACUUGCACCUCCAGGACCUGACCCCCAAUGAGGACUGUCACCUAAAGCAGGAUCAAAUCCACGUGGAUGAGCCCGUCAAACCUUCGUCCGGAACCUCCGCGGGUCACCGGGUCCUGCAGGGGUGCUGGCGCGAGGCCACGUACGCGUCACUGUCCGACACCCUCCGCGUGGUCCUGCUGAUCGGCGGCUGGCCCGCUCAGCAGUACCGGGGAUUCUACGCACGCUACCGCACCUUCGGACCCCCCGUGGCCUACCACCCGUCAGAUGGCACCUCCGGGCCGGACGGGAACUGGGACCUUGAGGACUGGGAUGAGUUUGGACCGAUGAUAGCGGGGGAGCGCGAGCGGCGUCCCACGGCGACCGCUGACGUGUUCCCCCUGUUAGAUUCUUCUAACAUUGCCGACGCUCCUGAGUCACCACACGGAACGUCCCGUCUGGAACGAGGCGCCCCCCGAAUCCUCUUGGACCCAUCUGACCCCACGGGACCAGCACACGAGCAAGUGAACCAACUCCCCGGCGGCUUCCUUCCCACCCUGAGCCCCAACGCUGGACCUAAUCUGCCAGAAAAUCAAAACCAGCCAACGGAAGCAGGUCAAAACAAGAUGGUCACAAAUACGUCCUCAUCCUCCGGAGAACUUUCGGAUCACGGAGGGACACUCAACAUCUGGAACUCUUCUCAAGCUCUACAUCAGCCCGGCGAUCAGCUGUUCGAAGUGUCGGUGGAGGUCCAACUCAAUCAGGAGCACAAGCGCAACCAGCAUCAUCUGGACGGGUCACUGAUCAAGUCUGUCAGGGCUCUGGUCCUCCAACAUCUGGACGGGCUUCACAUCCCCAUCAGCUUGUCCUUCAAAAGAAUUAAAAGGCUCCGAGCGGGAGAACUUUACAUCAUGUGGCUGAGCGUGGGUAGUGGGCGGAGCCACGCCUUCUCCGGCAUCCACCAGAACCUCCACAAUAUGGUCGGCAGCAGCGUCGGCCCAGUUGGGAGUCCGCAUCACAGCGUCGUCGCUUCGGUCUCCAUUGGAGACGUCAACGAAUGUGGGACCCAAUUGGCGCUGUGCGGCGUCAACGCCGACUGCUUGGAUCAGUUUGGCUCGUACAGGUGCCGCUGCAAAGACGGCUUCCGGGACGAGUCGCAUUUGGGACCCGUGGGCACCGUGUGUGUGGAGCGCAAGCCCGCAGGCUGCAGUCGUGGCCUGUCGGGCGAGACCAAAGGCGUGUACGUGCUGUUCUUCCUACUCAGCUUCCUGCUGCUGAUGUCGCUGGCGGUGGCGUGCGCGCUCUACAGCCGGCGCCGCUGCGGUGCCUUCCUGCCCAAAGGCCAGACGCCCGAUUCGGCUCGCCGCUGUCCGGACGAUGACAACGCUUACGCCGCCGCUGCCUCGGACCUGUCGCCGCCUCCGCCGCCCGCUAGGGGGCCACGCGACGCUUGGCCCAUUCACAAGGAGCGAUGCGUGGCCGUGGAUCUUCCGCUGCUCCGUUUCAGCCCGCUGACGCCGUCUGACGUCUACACUGACUCUCAGGAAGGCGGCAAGAAGUGAUGAGGACCUGUGUUUUUUUUCCUCCUCCACUGUUUGUGAUUAUGUACUCUCACUAAAAACAACUGCAACAUCCUUGA